UGACGCACCAAAGAUGGCGGCGCCCAGUGAGGUGGCGUGAAAGUUGUGGGAAGUCGGCGUGGCGGGGUGCGUGAAUCAGAAGCGUUGAGGACCUGGGAGCCAUGUCGCGACUGAUCGUGAAGAACCUCCCUAAUGGGAUGAAGGAGGAGCGGUUCCGGCAGCUGUUUUCCGCCUUUGGCACACUGACUGACUGCAGCCUUAAGUUCACCAAAGAUGGCAAGUUCCGCAAGUUCGGCUUUAUAGGCUUCAAGUCGGAGGAGGAGGCGCAGGCAGCAUUGAGCCAUUUCAACCGGAGUUUUAUUGACACGUCCCGGAUCACGGUGGAAUUCUGCAAGUCCUUUGGAGACCCAACGAAACCCCGAGCCUGGAGCAAACAUGCCCAGAAGCCCAGCCAGCCCAAGCAGUCAUCACAAGACUCCAUUCCCUCAGACACUAAAAAAGAUGACAAAAAGAAAAAGGUGCCCAGUGACCUGGAGAAGCUGAAGGAAGAUGCUGAGUUCCAGGAGUUCCUCUCGGUUCACCAGAAGAGGGCCCAGGUGGCCACGUGGGCAAACGAUGCUCUGAACACCGAGCUCCCGAGAGCAAAGACCAAGCCAGCGAGUGACUAUCUGAACUUCGACUCCGACUCGGACUCGGGACAGGAGAGUGAGGAGGAGCCGGCUGGAGAGGAACCUGAAGAGGAGCAAGGCCUGCAGACAAAGGCCGCCACGCAGAAGGAACUGUCCGACAUGGACUACCUGAAGUCCAAGAUGGUGCGGCGGACUGAGGUGUCCUCCGAGGACGAAGAGGACAGCGAGGAUGAGGCGGUGAACUGUGACGAGGGCAGCGAGGCUGAGGAGGAGGAGGGCUCCCCUGCCUCCCCAGUCCCGCAGAAAAGUACGAGUGGGGCAGCCGCCACUGACAAGGUAGAGAAAUCAGUCGGCAAGAAGGAACCCACCACCCCUUACACUGUGAAGCUCCGGGGAGCCCCCUUCAAUGUCACUGAGAAAAACGUUACGGAGUUCCUGGCGCCCCUGAAGCCAACGGCCAUUCGAAUAAUGAGAAAUGCCCAUGGGAACAAAACAGGGUGUGUCUUCGUGGACCUCAGCAGCGAAGAAGAUGUGAAAAAAGCUCUGAAGUGCAACCGGGAAUACAUGGGUGGACGCUAUAUUGAGGUCUUCAGGGAGAAGGCCCCCAAGACCCACAGUCCCCCAAAGAGCAGCACCACACCCUGGAAGGGCCGUACGCUCGGGGAACAUGAAGAGGAGGAGGACCUGGCCGACUCUGGGAGGCUCUUUGUGCGGAACCUGUCCUACACCAGCUCCGAGGAAGACUUGGAGAAGCUGUUCUCUGCCUAUGGUCCCCUGUCAGAACUCCACUAUCCCAUCGACAGCCUGACCAAGAAGCCCAAGGGUUUUGCCUUCGUCACCUUCAUGUUCCCUGAGCACGCGGUGAAGGCCUAUGCUGAGGUAGAUGGGCAGGUAUUCCAGGGCAGGAUGCUCCAUGUCCUUCCUUCCACUAUCAAGAAGGAAGCCAGCCAGGAGGCAGAUGCCCCAGGAUCCUCUUACAAGAAGAAGAAGGAAGCCAUGGACAAAGCCAACAGCUCCAGUUCUCACAACUGGAACACGCUGUUUAUGGGACCAAAUGCUGUAGCUGACGCCAUUGCACAGAAGUACAAUGCCACUAAGAGCCAAGUGUUUGAUCACGAGACCAAGGGCAGCGUGGCAGUGCGUGUGGCUCUGGGGGAGACCCAGCUGGUCCAGGAGGUUCGCAGCUUCCUUAUCGAGAAUGGCGUUUGCCUGGACUCUUUCAGCCAGGCUGCAGCAGAGCGAAGUAAGACUGUGAUCCUGGUGAAGAACCUCCCAGCAGGCACGCUGGCAGCAGAACUCCAGGAGAUCUUCGGCCGCUUUGGCAGCUUGGGCCGUGUGCUGCUGCCUGAAGGUGGCAUCUCAGCCAUUGUAGAGUUCCUGGAGCCCCUGGAGGCCCGCAAGGCCUUCAGGCACCUGGCCUAUUCCAAGUUUCAUCAUGUCCCACUGUACCUGGAGUGGGCUCCAAUUGGUGUCUUUGGCGCAGCCCCACAGAAGAAAGAUUCCCAACCUGCGCAGACUGCAGAGAAAGACAAGGCAGAGUCAGAGAUGGCGCUCGACCCAGAGGGUGAAAAGACGUCAGGGGAAGGAGCAGAGGCCCCCACAGAAGAGAUGGAAGAGGAGGAGGAGGAGGAAGAAGAAAGUGUCCCAGGAUGCACUUUAUUUAUUAAGAACCUCAACUUCAGCACCACAGAGGAGACGCUGAAGGAAGUGUUUUCCAAAGUGGGAGCUGUGAAGAGCUGCACCGUGUCCAAGAAGAAGAGUAAAGCAGGAGUGCUGCUUUCAAUGGGAUUUGGGUUUGUGGAAUAUAAGAAGCCAGAGCAAGCCCAGAAAGCCCUCAAGCAGCUCCAGGGUCACGUCGUGGACGGCCAUAAGCUGGAAGUGCGAAUCUCUGAACGGGCCACCAAGCCUGCCUUGACAACCUCUCGGAAGAAACAGGUCUCCAAGAAGCAGAUGACCUCCAAAAUUCUGGUGCGGAAUAUCCCCUUCCAGGCCAACCAGAGGGAAAUCCGGGAGCUUUUCAGCACCUUUGGGGAGCUGAAGACAGUGCGCCUGCCAAAGAAGAUGACGGGGACCGGAGCGCACCGGGGCUUCGGCUUUGUGGACUUCGUCACCAAGCAGGAUGCGAAGAAAGCCUUCAGCGCCCUCUGCCACAGCACCCACUUGUAUGGCCGGAGGCUGGUCCUGGAGUGGGCAGACUCGGAGGUGACUGUGCAGGCUCUGCGGAGGAAGACGGCCAGACACUUCCAAGAGCCCCCGAAGAAAAAGCGAUCUGCAGUGUUGGAUGGGAUCCUGGAGCAGCUGGAAGAUGGGGACAACGACGAUGACAACGAGCAAGCUCUUCAGCUGUGAGCACCUGCGCUGGGGAGCCCAUGUGAGGUGGCUCCUUUCAGGGACACAGACCCGACAUCCUCCUCUCCUUGUUCCCCGAGGAGCAGAGACUCUGUGGUGGGUGACAGUGCACAGCCAGUGUUGAGCCCAUGGGAGGAGUAAGCCGCUGUCUAGGCGGGGACUCGCACCUCAGCCCCGUUCACCAGCCACCCCAGCCGCACCCAGCCAGACUCCUGCAGCCAUCUCACCCUCUGCAGCACUGCCGGCCAGAGGAUGGAGCUGUGGAUGCCACCUCAGGCGCAGGGCCCUUCCCAGACCUGGAGCAUCACAUUCCACGCAGGCUGGCCUGGGUGUUCCAUCACCAUUGCCUCUCAAGGUGGAGGCCCUGGGAGCCCUGUCCAAGCCUCGCCCUGGGCCAGUUCACCAACUGCAAAAGAUGACAUGGCAUCAGGCAGGGAGCGGGGCCACAGCCCUUCACCCACUGUCCAGCCUCGGCUCCAACACCCCUAGCGUGCAGUUUCAGACCUACGUCAUUUUGAGCUCCGGUGGUAUCUGCUCAGUGCAGGCGAUGGGCUGACCAUGGUGGCCUCAGCUAGCCACACCAUGUUCAACCAUCCAACCCAGGAAGACCUAAGACGACUCCUCCCACUUCUGAGCCGUUGUCACCUGGACAGGUCUCGGACUUUUUGGAGGGAAUCUUAGCCUGUGUGGUUUUUGGGGGGAUGAGUCCCUGCUUUUCAUAGUGGUCCGUACCAAAGCUAGGACCACACCCUGUGGGUGGGGCUGGCACUUUGUUACAGUCCAAGGGCACUGAGAGUUAGGCAAUAAAAGUCAGAACCUA